CCGCGCUGCUGCGGGGGCGGCUCGGCAGCGCCGCGGCUCAGGCCGUGCGGUGCGAGCGAUCCGCGGCCCCGCGCCGGACCCCGGCCCUCCCUGCCCUGCCCUGCCCUGCCCCGCCGGAGCCCGCCGGAGCCCGCACACGGCCCAGGUUCAGAUCUGCACAAGAACCAAGAUCAGGAACCAUGGCAUCCAUCCCAUCCAGCGGCUCGCUCAUGGCCACGCACAACUAUCGCAGAAGGCGCCUGAGCUCCACAUCCAGCACCAGCUCCUGCAGCUCAGAGUACUCUGGGGAGGUCAUCCCCCAUGGCCCAGAACUGCCCAAGUCUGACCCUGGCCAGUGGUGGGCGAGCUUCUUCUUUGGGAAGGCAGCUCACCCAGCCAUGACAACGGUGUCAGAGUCCCAGGAGAGCCUGGGGGCCCUGCGGGUGGCCACAGGAGCGAUGGCCUGCGGGCUGGUGGCAGCCCCGGGCGCGGGACGGAGGCGCCACGCCAGUGAGUCCAGCAUCACGGCCGCUCCCUCCCACCCGGCGGGCACAGCCCCUCCCCUGUAGAAUAGCCGGCUGCUCCAAGCAAAAUGCGCUGCUUCCUCAUGGAAAACCGCAGCAACCCCGAUGAUUCCACUCCAGCCUUUUUUACUCUCUCCCGGUGUAACUAAGCCCUCUCGAAGCACAUGCGGAAACACGUUUUUAUUUUACCCUCAACUCGUACAAUGGCAAUGAAUAAACUUGAGCAGCCUUUUAA